ACACUAACCAAAACACACGAUAUCAGAAAAGCUCGCAUUGUGAACGCUACACGUUCAUUAUCAACAUGACAGUUCGAAAGUUAAAAUAUGGCAGUCUGAUUUAUUGUGUACGUGUAAAUUUGUUUCGUCUUUCAAUCAAUUUAUAGACUCAUUAAACGUAAGUUAUUGCAUGUUUAACCAAUUGAAAAAGAUUGUGCAGUGCAUAUCGGUUAAAGUAGUGACAUUUUGCGAACGAAUUAAUGCGCUUUGUUGGAUACAUAUGGAUGGUGAAAAACUCGGUGUAAAAAUAUUGAAAAUAUUGAGUUGUUUUUCGAAGGCUUCCAUAAAAUACAAACCACGGGAUUACGUAUGCAAAUAAAUCGAUUAAUAUGUUAAUAUGCAUAUGUUCAAUUCGAAUCGAAUAUUCAGAAUUCAAUGUGUGUGCAUGCCGUUGCUAUAGAAAUUGAACUAAAUAGAAAAAGUUACACGAUUUUUGUUGUGAAUUUUUGUGGUUGUAUUAUAAGUUCUUGUGCUGGAAAAGAGUCUAAUAUUUAAUUAGAUUAAUCCAUUGAACGGUUUGUGUGUUGUGUGGUGAUAACAGUGAUAAAAAAUAAAAGCUGGAAUAUAACAUUCGUUUUAGUGCCUUUCGAGCAGAUAAAAUACGAUUUGAUGAACAAUUUCUUCGAUUUAAGUUGGUGAUAAUGUAAAAAUGGAUAAUAAUGUGUACUACACUGGCAAACACAGCAGUUACAUGCUGCCACCAGUUAACUUUUCGAUACCGUAUGAUAGCUACACCGAAUAUCAAGCUUCCAGUCAAGUACAACCACAACAGCAGCAGCAGCAGCAACAGCAGCAGCAACAACAACAACAUCAGCUACCACAUCAAGUUCAAGCAACGCAUCAACAACAACAUCAUCAUGACAUCCAAUCAACGAUUAGUGUUAAACUCGAUACAAUCAAUAAAUCGCCGACGCAAAAAAAUGACGAAAUUCAAGCGUGCAGCGGCGGAUACACAGGAAACAAUUCCGUAUCAUCAGCGAAUGAUUUUCAUGGUAAUUUGUAUCAUUACACCAAAAGUUUGGAUAAUGGUGAUGGCAUAGCAGCAUAUAAUCAAACAUCAGUUAGUAACUAUUCAGAUUUCGAGCACAUCGGUGGUUCGUCUAUCGGACAAAAGUCAUUCAGUUCGUUCGUAAUACCACAGCAACAACAACAACAGCAGCAACAGAUACAACCAACUCAACAACAUCCUUCAUCUAAUCAAACCAAUCAUCAACAACUCAAUCAACAGCAAAUUCAGCAAACACAUCAAACACACCCGCAGCACCCACAGCACCCACAGCACCCACCAACCGCAGCGAUUAUUCCACAGACAAUUGGUAAUGUACAAAACGACAUUAGCAAUCAGCAAACAAAAGUAUUAGGAACCUUUGAUCAACGGACGUCGUCUAAAUGUUACAACAGUAAAUUAACACCAGCAACGAAUUCGCUGCAUACUUAUCAACAACAGUCAGGAUAUAAAGACACCAAAAUGCCAUACAAACUCCCACCAGUACCACAAACAUAUCACCAUGUGUAUCCACCAUACGAUAAGUAUAGCAUUCAGCCGCGACCGACAUCCCAUCAUAAAUCCUACGACGAUAAUCCAGCCAACAGUCGACCAUUUGUUUGCCAAACAAUGCCAAUGGCGACCAAUCACAAGCCAACCAGUCAACCGGAACUCUUUUGCAGCAGUACGGGCACAGCUGAACAACACAGCCGAUUGUCGAAUCGAAAUUUUUUAUUACAAAACAGCGCAUUCACAACACCUAACAACAGUUACUUUCCCCCCAUGUAUCAUCGAUCAAACAAUGUACACCGUAACAUAUCUCUACCGCCACCGUUGCAACCGGCUAUUGAUGAUAGUCCGAGUUAUUUCCAUCAUAACAAUUUACUUGUACGGGGCAGUUCGUACAAUCGCAGUCAAAUUGCAUUUCAGCAGAGCCACUAUCCAUCCCACGCAAGAUCGCAUUAUCCAAUGCCGAUGCCGAAAUUACAAACGAAGGGCGACAUCGAUAUAAUGAGCGGCCUUUCCGAUGAUAUCUACCAUCGGCCGUACGUUAGCUACGACCACUACGACGAUUUUCAAUAUCCUCAAAUACCACCGACUGGAACACAUUAUCCAACGAAAUCGUCCAAAGUGAUAUUCGCCCCCUACAAUUCCAAUCAAAUGAAUUCGUACACAACCGGUACAACCAAUCAACAACCAAUAAAUCCUCCACAACAACAUCAUCAACAGCAGCCACCUCAGCAACAGCAACAACAUCACAAUCUACCACCACAGCAACAGCAGCAUCAUCAUCAUCAUCAUCAAUCGGUUAUCCAGAAUCAAGUGGUUUCAUCGAAUGACUAUUCGCGCUACAGUUGCUCAAACGUUCAACCAUCAAACUGUUCGAAUAAGGUCUACCUUCAAGACCAGUACUCUUAUCCUACUCAUGCUCAAAUGGUUUAUCCGCAUGGUACAAGUGAAGUAGCCCAAACAGAGUUGCCAAAGUAUAACCAGAUGUACGAUACAAAACACACAACGUCAUCAACCGAUAAAAUGGCAAUGGUCGAUGUCGAGGAACAAGUUACCGGUGUAAAGAUAUUGAAAACGCGCGAGAUCACACCGAACAAUCCGUAUGAUUGUUCGAAGAGUAAUUACAGCAAAAACUCCUACUUCUACAACUAUGAUGCUAUGCGCAACAGUUAUCAGCAGUUGCGUGGAAGCACUGACCAGGAGGCGUCCAAAAAUCAAGAUAUACGAAACUAUAUCACAACAUGGAAUGACGAUGAAGAAGAUGAGAGUGAGACACACGGUGGGCUCAAAAAGUCGAAUCCACGAAGGAUAGCUUCAGUUGACGUUAUGUCUCGUAGCUGUGGCCAAAGUAAAUUAGAAAUGGACGCUGUGCCAACGACCAAAAUUCAUUUCGGAAUAAAGGUGGACAACGGUGGCGUUCCAACGAAAAAUCUGCCGGAUAUUAUCAUCGAUAUUGAAAAGCCCAAAGUAGUUGGCAAUGAUGAAAGCUACUCGUCGGCGACUGAUAAGCUGUACGUGCUGGAAUCGAUCGAUGUGCCGCUGUCCGACUUGAAUAAGUACAAACAUUUAAGUGUUGUCAACAAAUUGCCGGACAAUAUAGUGCAAAUAGACCGUCGCAAGAGUGAUACAUUGGAUGAUGUUGAAGAGACGUUGAAAAUGAUCGAAAAGUGUGAAGAACGUGUUCGACAGCAUAAAAGUGAUUUUGAAUUUGAUGCAAAAUUUGAUAAUGAACCUUGUGCUAGUCCAAUACGGGCGGACUGUCGAAGUGAUGUUGAAGAAAAUGCAAUGUUAAGCGAUCCACUCAGCAUUCCAGUGCAUGCGGAUCAACAUACUGUACCUGCUCCGAGUCCCACAAUCGAACCGGAUGAAGAGAUUUCGAGCAAUGCUCACGAUAAGACUGCUGACGAUGGUCAGACCAACGAUGACAUCGAUAAAGAAGAAGACGACGACAAGGAAGAAGAAAUAGAAACGAGAAACGACGGCGAGGUGAUUCGGUACAAAUGUGUGCAGAAGAAGGUUAGUACAAACGGGGAUGACCGUAUUCAUUCCGAUUAUUCCAUUCCCAAAUUAAAAAUUAAAAUUAUGCGUCCGAAAUCGGCGAAACCGUUUCGCAGUCGAAAGUUAAAGAACGGCAGCGAUUCCUUUGACACUGACGAGGAAAUUAAAUUAUGUCGAGGUGAUGAAGAGAUGGCGGAAUAUCAGGUUAAGACUCUAAAGUUAUGUUGUGUAGACGUCAUAAAUACGAACUCGUUUCGAAAACAUUUAAUUUCCUUGAAAGAGUUUGAAUCGCAAAAUGUUUUUCAGUAUUCGGGACACGCAUCGAUUGAGAACCAUAUUGAAUGUUGUGUUGAUGAGUCGAAAAAUAGUGGUGAACGGAACGACGAAGUGUUUGAAGUAAAGAAUGUUUCUACUGAUCUCAUAGCUAGUAAAAAAGUUAAUUAUUCUCCUGUAGCGCGUCCGACAGUGUGUUCAGACUCUGACGAUGACAAGGGCUUGCCGUUAAAUGGUAGCAAUUGUGUUGAUAAAUCAACACAAGACGAAUCACAGUCUAUUCUCGGCAAUAAUGAUCAGAGCACUAAAGAGAGCUCAGACGCCCAUGAUUUCCUCCGACAGGACGACACUGUCUUAGAUACACAUCCUUUGACCGAUUAUAAAUUCCACACUCCUUCCGUGGGUGAUGAUUUCGCCAACCCCCAUUUUGAUUCAAAUUUUGAAUCGAUUCCUGACGACCUGCCUCCAGGUCCGAUCACCGUUAAUGAUACAAAUGACGAAAUUAGGCCAUUUUCCCCCAUUAAUAAUCGACAAACAAUUGACUUGCCAUCGGUUAACGUUGAUGGCAUUCACAUAGAAUGCGACAACAACAUCACAAGCAACACAGUAGUAACGCAGAGACUCGUUGAAGGUAGUGAGAGAUGUAUGGAAAGUAUCGUGGACAUUCAAUCGGUGGAAAAAAUCAUUGUCAAUUUAGAAGAACCGCAUUCAACUCCGCUGAGUUGUGUGAAUGAUUCGGAAUUGAUGGAAUCGCUGGAAGAUUUAGAAGAGCUAAUUGGUGUUAACACGGAAAAAGUAGGGGAAAAUAACUCAGCCGAAAAUUCUGAUCUAAGUUCUUGCCCAGUUAUCAGUUUAAACGCGAGUUUUGUUGCAUCAGCGACCGAAUCAACAGAUGACUUAAAAGGAUUAGCAAAUGGAAGCAAUGCUUUUAAAACUGAGUCCUACUACACAGACAGUUCGAGUUCUUCCUUCUCAAGCUCUGACGAUUCAGACGAUAGUGAUUCUCACACUGAAACGGACGUACCUGAACCGAAGCCAAUACUUUCGGUUACCAAUAUGGAUAACGGCCAUAAAGCUCAAGUGGCCGACACUUCGUGUACUUCUUCGGAAGAUGAAUCCGAAGAUUUGGAUGACAAAAGUAGUGAGAGUAGUUCGGGACCUAAAUUGAAUUUGAAUAACCCACCGACAGUUUCGGAUAACGUAUGCUCUAAGCAAAGUUCCAUCGAAAUGGAAAACGAACCGAAAAUAAAAAUCGAAAAUGAAGAGAAUGCAGCGAGCUCAAAGUUAGACGAUCUAGUGAGCCAUAGUCCAGAUCAUGAGUUUAAGAGUAGCUCUUACAGUAGCAGCUGUUCAGAUAACUCCGACGAAUCGUCUUCAGAUAGUGAUGAUGACACUGUUUCCGAUUCAGUUUCCAAUAUUGAAAAGAAAAUCCCGGAGGUGCAUUUGCCAUUUGUAGUGAGAGAAAUAAAGACAGAGCUAGAGCAUCGAUACUCCGAUACUUUGACAGACGAAUCUUCAGCUGAAAGCUGUGAUGAAACAGAAUGUAAAACGCCUGCGAAAAGUAAUUCGGCGCACGAUAGCGAUAGCAUAAAGUCGAACUCAAGUUCCGAAAAUUCCGAUGAUGAAUAUGUGUCCCACAGUCCGAUGAAAUCCGAUCCAGUUGCUGAAAAUGAUGAAGAAUUGGUAGAAAGCCCCAAAACCGCCUCGGAAACUGAUCAAAGUGACGAUGAAGACAAAAAGUCCUGCUCAAGCCAUCGCAGUUCUGCGGCAUCCAUUACCGAUAAGCACGAUUCUUUAUCCGAUAGCGUAACAGAGUCUGAGACGUGUACAGACAGUACUACGACUACCCCAACAACCAUCACUCGACAAAACUCUUCUACUAAUUCAGAUGAACAACACGUUCCUGAUAGUAUUGACACCUAUUCCAGCAACAGAACUUUCGAGAUACAAGAAGAUUUCAUUAAAACCGAAACAAUGAAUGACGACCAUCAUGGGUCCAGUUCGGACAAUUCUGAUGAUGAAUACGUGAAACUCAGUCCAAUGAAUAGCAGUCCGCUGGGUGACUGUUCAGGAAUACCCAACCAUAGAGGGAAAAUAUCACAAUUAUCCAAUAAAACUGUCGUCCCGAUUCCGAUACGAGGUCUGAAACCGACUCCAAGCACUGACGGCUACAGUUCCUCUUCAUCUUCAUCAUCGUCAGCAAGUUCACAGUCAUCCAGUUCUGAUGAAGAUUCGUCUGAUGAUGAUGAAGUGUUUGAAACGAAACCGCAAAAGAUGCGAGACAGCAAUACAAGAGAAAAAAUUGAUUCAAUUGAUUCGGAAAGAACAGAAGCAAGACAAAGCGAAGAAAUAGAUCAAAUGGCACAGAAUGAACACAAAAACCAGGAGGAUAGUGACAAUGUUCUCGAACAGUUGGAAACAAUUGGCAAUGUCGAAGAAGUGGUGGAACAUAUUGUUCAAAAUGAUCUGAUACAUUGCAAUAGUCUGGAUGAAUUUGUUGAAAUUUCGAGUCACAGCGUUGACAUACUGACCGAACAGGUCGAAGACGAAUUGCUCGAAAGUGAGCAGGAAAAUAAUUCCGAAACUUUAUCGAAAGAAAUGUCUAUUGAUAAUGAGUCGAAAGAAUCAAACUCCGUGCUUUCCACGGAACGAAUAACUUCGGAUUUAACAUGCGACGAAAUCCCUGUUCCUUGUGUGGCAAGUGAUGAAAAAAGUGGUUGUCCGUCUGAAGAUGUUCAUGAACCGUCGACUAUUCAAAAUAUUGAUGUCCAAGACCCAAUUGAUGACAUGAAAGAAACUUUACCUGUUUCUAGUCCAAGACCCACUGAUGAUAUAGACGAAGUUCUAUCUGUUUCUAGUCCAAGACCCACUGAUGAUGUAGAAGAAGUUCUAUCUGUUUCUUGUCCCAGACGCAAUGAUGAUACGGAAGAAGUUCUAUCUGUUUCUAGUCCAAGACCCACUGAUGAUAUAGAAGAAGUUCUAUCUGUUUCUAGUCCAAGACCCAUUGAUGAUAUAGAAGACGUUGUACCUGUUUCUAGUCCAAAACUUGUUCAAGAAUCGAUCAAUUGUGCAGACAACACUCCAACAGACGAAGCGAUUCUGACAGAUCGAAACGAAACCGAAAAUGAUGAAUCAAGAAGAGAAAACCAGUCCAGUCCAGAUAAUUCUAAAAAUUCAAUAGAUGAAGACUACCAGGAGCCGGAAACCAUUUUCCAGAAUGACGAAGAUUCAGAUGCUUCAGCUAAAAUUGAUGGAACGGACAGUGAAGUGUUGUUACAGUCGAAUGAAUCCGGUGAAUGUUGCCAAGUUAUUUCGUCAGUAGAAAAUAUGGAUGGAUGUGACAAUGAAUCCUUGAAUGAAACUGCUGCUUUUGAGAUAAAUGUCGUUGAAGUAACUACCAACCAAGACUUCAGUGUUAAUGAUACGGACGAAGAUUGUCCCAAAAACUGUGAAAUAACCGAACAUCACAUUGUAGAAACCGAAACCAUCAACUCAAUCGCAUCAAGUCAUUGUCAAGAUGACGGGGAAAAUGAGGCCAGUGAAGUCGCAACUAUCGCAACCAUUUUCAAUACUAGAACUGAGAUAUCUCUAUCCAACACGUCUGAAGUAGAAUCAAUUAAUCAACUCGUUGAGAAAAUAGAUGAAAUAGAAGAAGAUUCUGACUCUGUUGCAGAGGAAACUGCUACUCCUUCUGCCCGAAAAGACUUAAUCUAUCCAGUAUUAGAUAUACCAGUCAAACUGAUUCCUUUGCCGGGCGAGAAUUUCAAUGAAAAGCUCUAUCAGACACUGAUCGCGAACGGUGAAAUCUUCCCGAGUCGAAAAGCCGAUGAAAUUAUAGAUUUUGAAGAUUUUUACUCGAAAAUUCCAGUCGAAUUGAUUCCAUUACCAAACGAAUCAAUCAACGAAAAUGCGCCCGUUUUCGUCGAGUUUAAAAGACGAUAUUUAGAGAACCAAAGUCUAUUGAAAUGGGAGAGAAAUGUGGGUAAAAAUGAGGAAAACACCGAAGCAGUUAGUCAGUCCGAAAAUAAUCAAUGGACCGUUCCACCUGAAUCCAGUCUAGUCAUUUACGAUUCUAUUCCUUCCCUAAAAGUUCUCUGCGAGAAAGUGUUAGGAGUAGCCGGGCUACAUUACGAUGACGAUAAUGAGGAUGCUGUGACAAUCAGCGGCGGCGAUGAUGAGAAUAUUUCUUAUCUCUACAUCGUGAAUGACGAUGACGAUUUUUGGAAUUGUUCUACCGAAUCAUCGCCACCAUUGAUAGUAUGCUACGACGGUGAAUUGGAAGACGAUGUUUUUGUCGAGUCUGAAUUUGCCGCUCCGAUAGACGUACCGGAUGAGCAAGUGAAUGUUUCCGAGACAUUUUCGAGCAAUUCCCAAUCCCAUUCCGUUGAUUCGUUCACCGUCGAUUCGCAUGACAUUCAAUAUGAGGAAAUUGUGCCAGUCAAUCGAACUAUGUACAAAUUAGAGACUUUUAAACGAUAUUUACAAUCCAAAUACAUACAAAAACCAAAAGACAUUCAAAUCCAUUGUAUAAAGAAAUUGUUGAAAAAAUAUUUAAAUUACCAAAGAUAUCGCAAAAACCAUGUGCAAGCCACGAUACAAAACUGUAAGAAUCGAAUUCAGCAAAAUUUGCAGAAAACACUUGCGAAACACACAAAAAAUAACAAUGAAACGGUACCAUUACCAUCAGCAUCACCACAAACACCCACAAGUCGCUCGGUAGCCAUGCUGGUGGCAUUGGAUCGUUUCACAGUCAAAAAUAACGGUAAUGUACCCAAAAACGAUGUUCUUCGAUCGAAUUGUGAUAUUAACAAAUCAAAACUGUUAUUGUUGACCAACAAUAAUGUUAAAUCUAAAAGAAAUUUAAAUUCUACACAACGUAAUCAUAAGGUAAAAGUAAAUAAACAUGAAGUUAGUGCAAUAAGUUCCUAUGUCAGUGAAAUGACGAAAAAUAAUCAUUUAAAAGAAUCUCGUGCCUUUGCCAAAGAAAUCAUCACGAAAAAACGGUCAACCAAAUCGAAUGCGAAGGCUAACACAUCCCAAUCAUCGCCAAUCGUUGACAAAUCGAAACCAAUCGGUCAGUCGCCGGUUAGUCCACCGAAUCAAAUAGCUAAAGCCAAGCGGAAAAUCAGUGAAAGCGUUGCCGAAUCAAUGGAAACGCGAAACAAUAAAAAACGAAAACUAAGCUUCGACGACACGUUGCUGGGCAUUAAUCGAUUUUAUAAACAAAAUGCGAUCGAAUGCGACCGAAUCGAAACGAGACAAACGAAACCAUCCAAUGCACCCAAUAGAUCCAAAGAACCGUCAUGUGUUCAGCCCAAUUCAAAUAUUCUGAACAAUUCCAAAGACAAGGUGCGCCGAUUGAUCAUACCGAAAAGUAAGAUCUUCGACGGACCCAAUGUGAGUACAAAAUGUAGACAAAUUUCCGUAGCACAAAUUCCUUUUGUGAAAUUGAUUCGAGAUCCGUACAUUGAUGGUUUGAGUAGGUCUCACGUGAAACGCACGAUCAAGUUAGUGAGUUAUCGAAAAUAAAAUGCGAUAAACCUAAGUCUCGUAAACAUUGGGUCUGUGGGACAGACUCCGGACGAACUAAUCAGUUUCAAUACAAACAAACUAAUGGACCACGGACGAAUACUGACAAGAAAGAUUUUAGAAUGUUACCUGUGGUAGGUAACUUGUCGUCAGGUAACCUUUUUUCUCAUAUAACAAAUACUUUAACUGCUGCUGGUAACUUUAAUUGUUUAUGCAAAACAGAGACGAAUUAACAUUCUAAGAUCUUCUUUGUCAGUGAAGACUAAAACGAUUCGAUUCGGUCACUAUUCUUGGGGUUAUGUUUUAAUAUUGAGAACUAUUUAGUUCGAACGGUUGAACUUUGGUUUACCGAUUGUCCCAUUUGUUUCCGAAUCUAAAGUUUUCUUUCUUCCCGCCGAAAUUGUAUAAAUAGUAGCGGUGUGUGGUGGCUCAGGGAACGGAACGAAAAGGGCUCACAAAAAAUUCUUGCCUUGUCAAAAAUCGAUUUUUGAGUUUCGUCGUUCGUCCUCUACCAAAAGCCUGAUUUGAGAUGUUUGUUAGUCAAACUAUUGUUUUUUCUAUUAAUUAGACUCCAUUGACCAUGAAAUAUUGAUUUUGGAAAAAAUUUGUCGAAAAUGUGUGUUUGGUGAGUCGUCAAAAAUUAAUCUUAAAUCGAUAAUAGUAUAUUCGAGGGGCAAAUAUUCAUAAAAAAUCCUGUGUCAGUGAAAACAAAAUCCUUAAAAUCCUCCAAGCUUUUACGAAAGAAAAUCCGCAAAAUCAUACAAAAUCCUUUAAAAGGCUCAAGAAAUUCCAAGAAGAAAAUCCUUGAAAAUUGAAAAAAUCCUUUGAGAAGCCAAGAGUAAAUAAUCCUUUGAAAAUCCUUGGAAAACGAUAGGAAAAUCUGCGAAUAUCUUCAGAGGGAUAUCUUUUUGAAAAUCCUUCGUCAUCGAAAUUUACAAUUAUCCCUCGAGUAUAUUAUUGGCAUUUGAAUGUCAAAUCCUGUGUCAGUGAAAACAAAAUCCUUAAAAUCCUCCAAGCUUUUACGAAAGCAAAUCCUCGAGAAAAUCCGCAAAAUCAUACAAAAUCCUUUAAAGGGCUCAAUAAAUUCCAAGACGAAAAUCCUUGAAAAUUGAAAAAAUCCUUUGAGAAGCCAAGAAUAAAUAAUCCUCUGAAAAUGCUUGGAAACGGUAGGAAAAUCUGCGAAUAUAUCUUCAGAGGGAUAUCUUUUUGAAAAUCCUUCGUCAUCGAAAUUUACAAAUGUCCCUCGAGUAUAUUAUUGGCAUUUGAAUGUCAAAUCCUGUGUCAGUGAAAACAAAAUCCUUAAAAUCCCCCAAGCUUUUACGAAAGAAAAUCCUCGAGAAAAUCCGCAAAAUCAUACAAAAUCCUUUAAAGGGCUCAAAUCCCAGAAGAAAAUCCUUGAAAAUUGAAAAAAUCCUUUGAGAAGCCAAGAGUAAAUAAUCCUCUGAAAAUCCUUGGAAAACGAUAGGAAAAUCCUCGAAUAUCUUCAGAGGGAUGUCUUUUUGAAAAUCCUUCGUCAUCGAAAUUUACAAAUAUCCCUCGAGUAUAUUAUUGGCAUUUGAAUGUCAAAUCCUGUGUCAGUGAAAAGAAAAUCCUUAAAAUCCCCCAAGCUUUUACGAAAGAAAAUCCUCGAGAAAAUCCGCAAAAUCAUACAAAAACUUUUAAAAGGCUCAAGAAAUUCCAAGAAAAAAAUCCUUGAAAAUUGAAAAAAUCCUUUGAGAAGCCAAGAGUAAAUAAAAUCCUCUGAAAAUCCUUGGAAAACGAUAGGAAAAUCCUCGAAUAUCUUCAGAGGGAUGUCUUUUUGAAAAUCCUUCGUCAUCGAAAUUUACAAAUAUCCCUCGAGUAUAUUAUUGGCAUUUGAAUGUCAAAUCCUGUGUCAGUGAAAACAAAAUCCUUAAAAUCCUCCAAGCUUUUACGAAAGAAAAUCCUCGAGAAAAUCCGCAAAAUCAUACAAAAUCCUUUAAAGGGCUCAAGAAAUUCCAAGACGAAAAUCCUUGAAAAUUGAAAAAAUCCUUUGAGAAGCCAAGAGUAAAUAAUCCUCUGAAAAUCCUUGGAAAACGAUAGGAAAAUCCUCGAAUAUCUUCAGAGGGAUGUCUUUUUGAAAAUCCUUCGUCAUCGAAAUUUACAAAUAUCCCUCGAGUAUAUUAUUGGCAUUUGAAUGUCAAAUCCUGUGUCAGUGAAAACAAAAUCCUUAAAAUCCCCCAAGCUUUUACGAAAGAAAAUCCUCGAGAAAAUCCGCAAAAUCAUACAAAAUCCUUUAAAAGGCUGAAGAAAAUCCCAGAAGAAAAUCCUUGAAAAUUGAAAAAAUCCUUUGAGAAGCCAAGAGUAAAUAAUCCUCUGAAAAUCCUUGGAAAACGAUAGGAAAAUCCUCGAAUAUCUUCAGAUGGAUGUCUUUUUGAAAAUCCUUCGUCAUCGAAAUUUACAAAUAUCCCUCGAGUAUAUUAUUGGCAUUUGAAUGUCAAAUCCUGUGUCAGUGAAAACAAAAUCCUUAAAAUCCUCCAAGCUUUUACGAAAGCAAAUCCUCGAGAACAUCCGCAAAAUCAUACAAAAUCCUUUAAAAGGCUCAAGAAAAUCCAAGACGAAAAUCCUUGAAAAUUGAAAAAAUCCUUUGAGAAGCCAAGAGUAAAUAAUCCUCUGAAAAUCCUUGGAAAACGAUAGGAAAAUCCUCGAAUAUCUUCAGAUGGAUGUCUUUUUGAAAAUCCUUCGUCAUCGAAAUUUACAAAUAUCCCUCGAGUAUAUUAUUGGCAUUUGAAUGUCAAAUCCUGUGUCAGUGAAAACAAAAUCCUUAAAAUCCUCCAAGCUUUUACGAGAGAAAAUCCUCGAGAAAAUCCGCAAAAUCAUACAAAAUCCUUUAAAAGGCUCAAGAAAUUCCAAGAAGAAAAUCCUUGAAAAUUGAAAAAAUCCUUUGAGAAGCCAAGAGUAAAUAAUCCUUUGAAAAUCCUUGGAAAACGAUAGGAAAAUCUGCGAAUAUCUUCAGAGGGAUAUCUUUUUGAAAAUCCUUCGUCAUCGAAAUUUACAAAUAUCCCUCGAGUAUAUUAUUGGCAUUUGAAUGUCAAAUCCUGUGUCAGUGAAAACAAAAUCCUUAAAAUCCUCCAAGCUUUUACGAAAGCAAAUCCUCGAGAACAUCCGCAAAAUCAUACAAAAUCCUUUAAAAGGCUCAAGAAAAUCCAAGACGAAAAUCCUUGAAAAUUGAAAAAAUCCUUUGAGAAGCCAAGAGUAAAUAAUCCUCUGAAAAUCCUUGGAAAACGAUAGGAAAAUCCUCGAAUAUCUUCAGAUGGAUGUCUUUUUGAAAAUCCUUCGUCAUCGAAAUUUACAAAUAUCCCUCGAGUAUAUUAUUGGCAUUUGAAUGUCAAAUCCUGUGUCAGUGAAAACAAAAUCCUUAAAAUCCUCCAAGCUUUUACGAAAGCAAAUCCUCGAGAACAUCCGCAAAAUCAUACAAAAUCCUUUAAAAGGCUCAAGAAAAUCCAAGACGAAAAUCCUUGAAAAUUGAAAAAAUCCUUUGAGAAGCCAAGAGUAAAUAAUCCUCUGAAAAUCCUUGGAAAACGAUAGGAAAAUCCUCGAAUAUCUUCAGAUGGAUGUCUUUUUGAAAAUCCUUCGUCAUCGAAAUUUACAAAUAUCCCUCGAGUAUAUUAUUGGCAUUUGAAUGUCAAAUCCUGUGUCAGUGAAAACAAAAUCCUUAAAAUCCUCCAAGCUUUUACGAGAGAAAAUCCUCGAGAAAAUCCGCAAAAUCAUACAAAAUCCUUUAAAGGGCUCAAGAAAUUCCAAGACGAAAAUCCUUGAAAAUUGAAAAAAUCCUUUGAGAAGCCAAGAGUAAAUAAUCCUCUGAAAAUCCUUGGAAAACGAUAGGAAAAUCUGCGAAUAUCUUCAGAGGGAUGUCUUUUUGAAAAUCCUUCGUCAUCGAAAUUUACAAAUAUCCCUCGAGUAUAUUAUUGGCAUUUGAAUGUCAAAUCCUGUGUCAGUGAAAACAAAAUCCUUAAAAUCCUCCAAGCUUUUACGAGAGAAAAUCCUCGAGAAAAUCCGCAAAAUCAUACAAAAUCCUUUAAAGGGCUCAAAUCCCAGAAAAAAAUCCUUGAAAAUUGAAAAAAUCCUUUGAGAAGCCAAGAGUAAAUAAUCCUCUGAAAAUCCUUGGAAAACGAUAGCAAAAUCCUCCAAUAUCUUCGGAGGGAUAUCUUUUUGAAAAUCCUUCGUCAUCGAAAUUUACAAAUAUCCCUCGAGUAUAUUAUUGGCAUUUGAAUGUCAAUACUUAAUUGCAUAAGCGAAAAAGAGAAAACUGAUGCAGGGGAAGAGUAAAUUCUCCUGUCAGUUUCACUAAUGCUCGCUUUUGAUUCCAACUAUUCAUUGAUUAUUGCUCAAAUGAGCUUAAUUUCUUGUGAAUCUUGUAGGUGAUUCUAAAAGUUCUGAAAAACGUCUCUGAAAUGUUUGUGGCGUUAGUGAUUAUCUGCCCUAAAAAUGAUUUGCGCAAGUUUUUAAAGACUUUUUCAAAAUUUGUAAAAUGGUAUUUUGACAUCUAGGAAAGGCAAACGACUUUCUUUUUUAAAUCGUCCGUUCCCCGAACCGUCGCACACCACUAAUAAAUAGUGAAAUGAUUUUUGUUUAAUCGCCAUACAGGUAUUGAGCAAUGAACGUCAUAGCACCUUUACAAUAAAUAUUUUUUGUUAUUUAUGGAAUACAGUUCGUUUGAAUUUAUCGUUAGAAUGUUACGACUUCUGUGUCAUUCGGUUCGAGAUAAUGAUCACACCUAUUACAUAAAUUCUCUUCCUCGGUGGUAUUACGCUAUUUGAUUCGCAAUUUACACUUGAAGACCCAUAGGUCACAUACAUUUUCAUUCAUUGUCAUACACAUUCCAUUUUUUUUUCAGUGAAAACAAUAAAAAGAAAUAUUUUCAUUUCUGAAAAACAAUAAAAAAAAAUUAAAUUAAAUUGAGUGAUUAUCAGUUGUCCACUUUUAAUUGUCGUGUUGGUAAAUUUCACACCCCGAAGUUGUGUGUCAUGAAAUGAAAUGGCAUUGUUUGAAUAAUGUGAGUGAAAUUCGUUUUAAUUUCGAUUGAUGAGCUUAAUAAAUAUUUAAAUAAUUCGAAAAUAUUUUAUCCAUCAUUUUAUUGAUUAGGUUAAUUAAUUAAUUAAUUUAAUUUAAAAAAAAUAAUUAAUUUUCUGUUUUCAUUAUUUUUUCUGUUUUUUUGUUUGAUUUUAUUUGUUUUCCUUUUAUUUCUUGUUUUUAUUCUGUAAAGAGGUUGAUGGGUGGUCUUUUUGUUAGUAUUUUUGUAGUCAUAUCCGAUUUCUUUGAGUUGUUUUCUUUUAACGAUCGUUAAAAUGUGUAAUUUUAGUAAAUUUUAAAAAAAUUGAAAAAUCAAUUGUCUGUGAGUUAAAUUAAUUUUCUAAUUUUAAUGUAACAAAAAUUUGCGUGCAUUGUUGUGAGCAAAAUAGCCAAACUAAUGAAAUUUAUAAACUUGUUCAAAACCACUUCUGAGCGAGAACGGCUUUGUGUGGAUGCAACAAUAUAUCUGAUCAACAUUUUGAUCGUCUAGAUUCACAUUAAUUUUUACUGUAAAAUAAUGAAAUUCCGUUGAAAUAACCAAAUCGAUAAACUGUUAUUCAUCAAAAGUGAAAAAUCUAAUUAAAAUAUCGACGUGUGUAUUGUUUGUCAUAUAAAAACAUUGAAAUAAUCAUAAAUAAACGUGGCAUUCUGUUAACAUAUUAUAAUAUACAGGGUAACUUCGUACGUUGUUAUUAGAAACAAAAAAGAACCAAUUUUGAUCAUAAAGCUAAUUAAAAAAAAA